ACAUUGUUUAAACGCUGAUUACCGUGCUGGGUUUGCAGAUGUGACUUUCACACCAGCAAGGUAUUUGCACUGUGCGUUAUAUUUGACACAUGAUACUUGAUGUAAACAUAUUAUAUAAGAGCUGAACACCCCCCCCCGAGAUCAUAACUGACCAGACUCAUUCAACAGACGCACAUUGUCAGUGUAGAGACAUGGCGAUUCAUUUUGUGCUCCUUUUGAUAAUGGUGAGUUAAUAAACUAUUAUUCUCUUCGUUUAUUUUCUUAUUAGUUUUUAUAUAUUUUAUAGUCGUCAUUAACUAUUUUAAAAUUAAAAUGAUCAACAAAGGUAUUUCCCCCCCCCCCUAAAUAGCACCGGUGGGUAGUUCAACUGAUACGUGCCCAGUGUUUCUUUCAGAGAUUUUCCCCGGGGGUACACUGCCCCCCUCCCCGGAGAUAUAGCUGAAAGAAACCCUGUGUAACGUGUCAUGUAGAGAUUCUUAUAAUGCAUGACGUGAUUAGGACACAAAGAAAUUGUGACUAAACCAUGUAACGAAAGUUAAUCUGCUUUUUUUUAUUUUUAAAAAAGUGUUUAUUUGUUAAUCAUUUUAAAAAAUGAAUUAUUGUGUUUCAAGAAACCGUAUGGCAAUUUUUUAAACCGAGUUCUGCAUCAAGUAACUUUUUUUUUUCAUUAACAACCCUACCCCCCUCACCCCCCAUACAUUUUUUCUUAUAAAUCCUUUACAACUGCAUAUGCAUUUUAAAAAUUAUAUUUAAAAAAAUAAUAAUAAUCAUUUUUCCCCGUUUUCAGGGGAAAAAUAAAAGAAAUAUCACGACAGUGAUUUUACGAAAUAAAAUUCACGAUACUAAAUGAGAUUCUUUUUUUAAAAAAAAUAUCGCAAGUGGGUUUGAUGUGAUGAUAUUGUAUUUUGUUUGUUCUCAGAUAGUUUUUUGAAAUAAAUCUGCGGUGUAAAAGCGGGGGAGUCAUUAGAAUAUUAAUAUGGCUCAGGGGCGUGGAAAAAAAAGUGCGGUUUCAAAACUUGGAGGGGGGGGGAGGAGGGAAUACUAAUUGGGAUUCGUAUAAAGUGCAUUACUUGUACGCUUGUUUUAUUAAAUUUUCAGCCCCCCCCCUUCCCCAUUGCUCGAUAUUACAUUUUAUAGAGGAUUUUUAGAAAACGCACUGUUUUUCAGUCGUUGUUUAAUUUAAAGGUUAUUUGAUAUUCACAAUAGACGAUUGAGAAAAUGUCCCACGUUUAAAUUCUUUCCAGGUUGUGUCUUUCGCACCCUCUCACCCGCUACCCCUGGAAGGGGCGGUCGUGAGGCUGACCAACUACAGACAAAAUAGACAGGCCCCUUACACCACCACACUACCGCCCACCACCACGAUCAAGGACAACUGUGGUGGGUGUCCGGCUGGUCAACGAUGCAUCUUGGUCUAUCCGUCUUGCACCACUCCGCCACCGAACUGCAACUUGCUGAAGGCAGUCGAUCCCAGCCGUAGCUGUGAAUGGCCCUGUAAGCCGUUCAACCAGUGUGGGUAUCAAGACAUCUGGGGCUAGGUGAAAUUUUAAUGACGGCUACUUUAGAAAAAAGAAAAUGCCCAUGCCUUAGUGUUUAAUUUUUGCCCACUGGACGCUCUGUUCAAAUGUAGCAUGCCUUUAAAUUAAAAUGUUUAAAAAAAAAUAA